GAGCUCUGCUGGAGCGAUUGUUACAAACAGAAGCCCGGAGAGCGAGCUGGGCGGGCGCUCUGAUUCGAGCGUUGGGACAAAGUAAAAGAACCUCCGGCGGCUGAGCGUUCCAAAGAAAGAUACAUUCCAGGGCCGGAGCAGCGGCAACAACACGCAGCCGGUGGGGGGGAAAACUUUCCCACAGUGGGAGUCAGCGGAUCCUGCAGCCCUUGUUGAGCAAGGGCGAAAAGGAGGACGAAGGGGGGGAUAAACGGGACCGAGAAGAUGAAUCGGAGUUUUAAUAAAUCUCAGACUCUGCGGUAUUUCGAUUGUAGCGCGGUGGAAGUGAAGAGUAAGUUUGGGGCAGAAUUCCGAAGAUUCUCUCUGGACCGUUACAAGCCAGGAAAGUUUGAAGACUUCUACAAGCUCAUUCUUCACAUCCACCACAUCUCCAGCAUGGAGGUGAUGAUUGGAUAUGCUGAUGUUCAUGGGGACCUUCUUCCUAUUAAUAAUGAUGAUAACUUCCUCAAGGCUGUUUCAAGUGCAAACCCACUGCUCAGGGUUUUUAUACAGCGGCAAGAUGAAGUAGACUACAGUAACUUUGGGACCAACACGCUAACCAGGAAAAAGAAGGCUCUAGUGACCCUCCGCAAUGACAAAAUUCGCAGGCGUCCCCACAUUAAUAUUAGUAUGCCUCAUGAUUUUAGACCAGUGUCUUCCAUCAUUGAUGUGGACAUCCUUCCUGAAACACACAGAAGAGUGAGGCUCUAUCGACACGGGUGUGAGAAACCAUUAGGAUUUUACAUCCGUGAUGGGACUAGUAUGAGAAUAACUCCUCAUGGACUGGAUAAAGUACCUGGUAUUUUCAUCUCUCGGAUGGUUCCUGGUGGCUUAGCAGAGAGCACAGGUUUGCUAGCUGUUAAUGAUGAGGUCCUGGAAGUUAAUGGCAUUGAAGUGGCUGGGAAAACUCUUGACCAAGUAACGGACAUGAUGAUCGCCAACAGCCACAAUCUUAUUAUCACAGUCAAGCCAGCAAACCAAAGGAACAAUUAUAUCCGAAGCAGCAGAAUGUCUGGCAGCUCAGGCCAGUCUACAGAUAGCACAGCUAGUCACCAUAGUUUGCCUUCCUCCCAUGUGCUGCAGAACUUCCACCCUGAUGAGAUGGAAAGUGACGACGAAGCUGACAUUGUCAUUGAGGGUGGCCUGGACCAACAACAUGUUCCCAGAUCGCACAGCCUCCCCUCUGGUAGCCUCUCCCGAAUCAAUGGCAGCAGUCUAAGUCACAGACUUCAGAGAGACCUGGUUCUCAGCAGUGACUCUGGCCGAGAAAGCAAUGGCAACAUCCACAAAAUACUAAGCUCCUUAAAAACUGAUCCCCGACAUAGUUUGGUUAUCCCCAGAGGAGGCAUUGAAGAGGAUGGAACCGUGAUUACACUUUAGUAACAGUUCCCCGCACUGAGUGUUUUCAACAAUAAGUGCCAAUUGGAAUAAAUCAGACUCUUGCAACCCCUGAUGCACAGAACAAAAGAGAACCUACAUUCAUAUAGACCCCAUGGGUGUGAAAAAUGUUACUUUCUAGGAAACAUGGUUUUGGGGAUUAGAUGUAAAACUGUUACUGCAAACUCUGAAAAAUAGUGUAAAUAUGUUGUAUGUCCCAGUUUUUAAAAAUGAGAAAGCAAAUGGAAGCACCAAAUCUAAAACUUUUAGUUAAGACAAACUUCAGAAAAAAUCCCAUGAGUUCAGAAAUGGCAGUGCUGCUCUUUUAGGUUUGCAUGGAUUUCUGAGCAUCAUAAGAGGUGCCAAUUUGGAGAGGGCCUUUUUAAAUUGGUUAGAAAAAAGCACAGUAGUCAUCUCUUAAAAUAUUAAAAGCUCAUGAGCUAUUAAUCUGUCCUCUUAUAACAUACCAGUCUUCCAUUAACUUGUUUACACAGAUGAUUUGCCAUGUUAUGUCUAAUCUGGACAAGUGCUAUAUAAACUAGCAGUUUCCCACUCUGGUGGUAGCAGCUUUGGAGAAACCCUGUAUUUACAUUUUCAA